AUGUGGAGCAGCAGAGAGUAUGGGCAAGUUUUCAGGGAGAUUAGGAAGAAAAGGAAGAGAUUGGGGGUCUUGAAUAAGGGGGGCCGUGCUGAGGCGCAAGUGAAUGAGAGGAAGAAGGUGGUUCGAGAAAUUAAUGCCUUACUUCAUCUAGAGGAAAUAUAUUGGAGACAAAGGUCGAGGGCCUUGUGGUUGGAGUCAGGGGAUCGUAACACUAAUUUCUUUCACAGGAAAGCCUCGCAACGUCGUAGCAAAAAUCGCAUUUCCCACCUUGUGACUGACGAUGGGGUGACACAUGUAGAGAAGGAGCAGAUUUGUUUCGUGGCUAAUGAUUAUUGUAAGACAUUAUUUACCUCUUCGUUGCCAUCACAGUUUGAUGAGGCCUUGGCUGGUAUCGAUACAAGGGUCACAAGUGAGAUGAAUUCGAGGCUUUGUGCUCCUUAUACGGCAGAUGAAGUGUUCCUUGCCCUUAAACAGAUGCACCCUUUGAAAGAUCCGGGCCGGAUGAGUGCUUUCACCCCGGGAAGAUUAAUCACUGAUAAUAUUUUGGUUGCCUUUGAGUUGUUCUAUCAUAUGAAAAAUUCAGGGAGUGAGAGUGGUUUUCUGGCUCUGAAAUUGGACAUGGCUAAGGCGUAUGAUAGAGUGGAGUGGAGUUUUUUGAGAGCUGUGAUGAUUAAGUUUGGAUUUGCAGAGCAAUGGGUGGAUCGGGUCAUACAUUGUAUCUCUACUGUCUCUUUUUCAGUUCUCAUAAAUGGGGCACCUUCGGGGGAGUUUACUCCAUCUCGGGGUUUACGUCAAGGUGAUCCUCUAUCCCCCUACUUGUUCAUCCUUUGUGCAGAAGCCUUAUCGGGGCUCCUUAAUAGAGCAGUGGCAUUGGGACAUUUACAUGGUAUACGCGUGGCUCCGUUGGCACCAACCAUCUCACAUUUGUUUUUUGCGGAUGAUAGUAUUAUUUUCGCAAAGGCAAAUUUGAACGAAGUUGAUACCAUUCGAGAGGUUCUUCAUACUUAUGAGAUAGCUUCGGGGCAGAUGGUAAAUUUUGGGAAGACGACGGUGACUUUUAGUAAAGGGGUUCCGGUUGAUAGAAGGGAGGAUUUGGCUAAUGCUCUUCGGGUGAACAUUGUGGAUGUGCAUGACAAGUACCUUGGUCUUCCCACGGUGGUGGGGAGGUCAAAAAGGGUGAUUACGAAAGAUAUCCGGGAGAAGUUAUGGAAGAGACUUCAAGGGUGGAAAGGGGGAUAUAUGUGUAAGGCGGGUCGGAAAGUUUUGAUUAAGGCCGUGGCCCAAUCGAUUCCAACCUACGCGAUGAGUGUGUUCAAAUUUCCCUCUUCUUUUUGUGACGAAUUGCGUUCGAUGGUGGCUAAUUUUUGGUGGAGACAGAAAAAUGGGGAACGUAAAAUCCAUUGGGUGGCUUGGAAGAAGCUAUGCGAACCGAAAGCUAGUGGAGGGUUGGGUUUCAGGGAUUUUAAAGCGUUUAAUGCGGCUCUCCUUGGCAAGCAAGCAUGGAGGUUGAUUCAAUUCCCAGAUAGUUUGGUGGCUCGGGUUCUUAAAGCUCGCUAUUUCGCUGAAAGGUCUUAUUUGGACGCGGAACUUGGUAAUAUGCCAAGUUACACAUGGCGAGGUAUUUGGAGCGUUAGGUGGGUGGUGCAAAGAGGGUUGAGGUGGAGAGUGGGGGAUGGGUGUAGUAUUCCAGUUUGGAAGUGUGAGUGGAUUCCUGGAACACAAUCUCGAAGGGUUAUAACCCCGAGAGGAAGUCAGUCACUGAACCUUAAAGUUUGUGACUUGAUACACCUUCCCACGGCUUCAUGGAAUGUGCCUAAGGUGAAAGAGAUUUUUCUACCUUUUGAGCAAGAAUGCAUUCUGAGUAUUCCUCUGAGUGUGCGUGUAUUAGAUGAUACUAUCUGCUGGGAUUUGGAGAAAGGAGGGGACUAUAAGGUUCGAUCUGCUUACCGAGCUAUUUUUGGGGAUUAUGAGGCUGAUUUCAGGUCGUCGGGUUCGAGCUCUUUGAAGUUUUGGGGGAAGAUGUGGGCUGCUGUCACAUUACCAAGGGUGAAGGUGUUCUUUUGGAGGGCAUGUAGAGGGGCACUGCCGACAUUAGUGGGUUUAAAUAAGAGAAUUCCAGGGAAAAAUACCACGUGCUCGGUGUGUGGGUUGAAGACGAGACAGAGCUACAUUGCUUAA